AACGUAAUAUACAACAUGGUUUGAAUCGGUUGGAUUGCUAUUUCCGUUGCAGAGGAUUCUCUUUUCGCCUAUAACGUGGAAUCAUGGCUGUUGGAAAGAAUAAGGGUCUCAGUAAAGGCGGAAAAAAGGGAGUGAAGAAGAAGAUCGUCGAUCCCUUUACGCGCAAAGACUGGUAUGAUGUCAAGGCACCCUCUAUGUUUGCCAACCGGCAGGUUGGAAAAACCUUGGUCAACAGGACUCAGGGAACAAAAAUUGCUUCGGAAGGAUUAAAGUUUAGAGUGUUUGAAGUAUCUCUGGCUGAUUUGCAAAGCGAUCAGGAUGCAGAGAGGUCGUUCCGGAAAUUUAGACUGAUCGCCGAGGAUGUUCAAGGUCGUAAUGUCCUGACCAACUUUCAUGGAAUGGAUUUGACCACGGACAAGCUUCGCUCGAUGGUGAAGAAGUGGCAGACUCUGAUCGAGGCAAACGUGGAUGUGAAAACUACAGAUGGCUACUUGCUCAGAGUUUUCUGCAUUGGUUUCACGAACAAGGAUCAACUGAGUACCAGAAAGACGUGUUACGCGCAACACGCGCAGGUGAAAAAAAUCCGACAGAAAAUGGUCGAAACCAUCACGGAGGACGUCACCAAGACCGACUUGAAAGGCGUGGUCAGUAAAUUGCUUCCGGACGCUACGGCUAAGGAUAUCGAGAAGGCCUCGCAGGGCAUUUAUCCUCUGCACGACGUUUACAUUCGUAAAGUGAAAGUAUUGAAGAAGCCGCGUUUCGAGCUCAGCAAGUUGCUGGAGUUGCACGGAGACGGAGGCGGAAAUAAGAGCGAGGAAGCCGGUGACAGUGGUUCCAAAGUGGACAGGCCAGAGGGUUACGAGCCACCGGUACAAGACUCCGUUUAAUUCUGAAUUUUUCAAUCUUAAGAAUAAAAUCGGAAAUUGCGUAAA